AUGGAGACGGCAGAGCACGAACAGCUGCAGCUGCAACUCCAGGAAAUCGAGGAUGUCAACUCGGGGCUCACGGAUUCGCCGUUUGACGUGCGAAAGACGCAGGACACCAAGUACAGACAUUUACGUAAGGCGACUCUAGACGACUCAAUGCAGUUCGUAGACGCGUGCUUUUCGAUAACGCCACUGAGUGGGAGAGUCUGGGCUCAUUCCGAGGUGGACGUUGUGGUGUGCUUCACUCCUGAAGAAGCACAUUUGUAUUCUUGUCGAGCAUUUCUCGAGAUCGCGGGGCAAACAGCACGUCUCCCGCUACAACUGCGAGGUCAGGGGAUUGGUCCCAAGGCCAAAGUGGUGUACAAUGAGCUUUUGGACUUCGGCGAUGUGUUCAUCAAUGACGAGCGUACGCGAGGCUUUACCAUUCAAAAUAAGGGCGAAAUUCCAGCAGAAUUCGAGCUGAUCCCGUUGACGACGCCUCCAGGUACUUUGUUAACAGUUCAUCCUAGAUACGGGACUCUGGCGGUCAAUGAGAUGCUCAAGAUUGAGGUGACUUUCUGCUCUCAAGAGCUGGGAGAAGCCUUCUACCACAUUUGCUUCGGCAUGCAGGGCUCCGAUGAGCAAUUAGCAGCGCGUUUUAAAGCGAACGUGAUCCCCCCAGUAUUCCACUUCGAUGUGGACCAAGUGGACUUUGGAGCGAUCUCCUAUUCCUUCCCACAGACCCGAACCGUCAAGCUUGUCAACGCUUCUAAGAUCGCAAUGAAAUAUUUUCUGCGCGUCCCGGAAGAGGCCAACUACAAGCAAAAGGAGCUCGAGCUAAUCCCGUCAGAUGGAAAGCUAGACCCGUACGGAGAGCAGCAGAUCUCGAUCCGAUUUACGUCCCACAACGUCAAAGUUUACCAGUACGAGCUUGUUGUUGGUGUCCCUGGUGUCGGAGCUGAUUUGCUGAGUAUUCCCCUGCGCGCUCAGUGCUUUGUCCCUGAGAUAGCCGUCCUUAAACAGGAGCUAGAUUUCGGUCGAUGCUUUCUUCGAUACCCGCAUAAGCAGAUGCUCGUCUUGGAGAACAAGUCAACGCACUUGUUUGGACGCUUUGAAAUCGGUGAGCAGGAUGAUCACUCUCGUGCCAUCGCCACAUAUAGCACAAGUGAGUUCACCGGCAGUGUAAGUCCAGGCGAGCGCGUGUCUGUGGAGAUCUCGUUAUCUUGUGAAAAGCUUGGCAGUAUCCGCCUUCCAAUGGUGAUAACUGUCCUAGGUAGCACUGAUCUCCCCUUGUCUGUGACCCUUAGCGCUACUGGCUCUGGUCCAAAGGUUGAAUUGGACCAACCCGAGAUAAACUGGGGAAACUGUUCGUGUCUCGUGGAUCAUGAACGGACCCUGCGCAUGACCAAUGUCUCGUUGAUCGCGGCAGCGUACAAAACAUUUGUUCGCGGCGCUCGUUCGAAGUUCCAGAUUGACCAGAAAGAAGGUGUGCUGAUGGCUGGCGAAAGUCUUGAUUUUGUGCUCGUGGCCAACCUGGAUGAUACUAUGGUGUUCAAGGACCAACUACACAUUUUGAUCACAGAAGGGGACAAUCUCGUCGUUCCCUUAUGGAUCAGAGGAACGGGAACAACCAUGUGGUCGCCGAGUGAACUUCGAGUUAUCGAUUUCAGUCACCAAAUGACUAGCAAGGAGUGUGAGUGGAGCUGUACUCUUGAAAACAAGGGGAAGCGUGUACAGGUGCUCACUUGGACCAACAAAAUCGUCGCUGUUGCCAACAGUAAACUCAACCCGACAGACCGGGGGACGUCAAAGUCAAGAGCAGGACAGGAUAAUCGAUCGACUACAAAGCCAAGCAAAACGGGCAAUAACAACCGCAAUGGAAUGAAUGGCGCACCUGAUGGGCCAGACGAAGUGAUCCCUGCCUUUUCUGUCUUCCCAGGGACGAUCGAGUUGAAGCCACGCACAGCGUGUAUCUUUGUAUUCAAGGGACUUUCUUCGACAGCUGGACUCAUACAAGAAGAACUGGUAUGCGAGACGCGGGUGGGGAGGGAAAAAGUCAGCAGAGUUGCGUUCGUAACUGCGAUCCGCGCUAACUUCAUUGAUCCAAAACUCACCCCGUCUUCGUCGUUGCUGUCGUUCGAGUAUAUUCACCACCCUGGAAAACAAAUCAUAACGCAGUCGCAGCCUCUGAGUUUCACGAAUGCCUGCGAGCUCCCGUUAUCUUUCACGCUCCGCACGCAGACUCCGUUUGCUCUCGAUUGCUGGGAGGCAGUGCUACAACCAGGUGAAAAGGUAGCUCUACACGUGGAGUUUUAUCCAGGAUUCAAGGAUGACCACACUUGUCGGGUCAUAAAUGGAAAGGUACUUGUUUCCUACACGGGGCAUCCCCAGAAAGACAGUGUGGAGCUGAUAGGAGACAUAAGCUUCCCCAAUCUUUCCUUCGGGAUGACCAAAAUCGACUUUGGCUGCACACUGAAUGUGGACACGAGUUUUCGCUGGGUUUUCAUAGAAGACGAGAAGGAGGCUUUGUCUAGCGCUACUGCCAAGAAACCAUACAUUCCUAUCAAUCAAGUGUUCGACAUCCUGCCGAUCCGCGGGACUCUGAAACCAAAUGAGAGCGAGAAGAUCGAUUUUGUUUACUACGGGCAUGCAAACCGAAAGUUUAAGAGUACUGUGGCCUGUGAAGUGGGAGGUGGUCCUGAGUACGAGCUAACUCUUUUGGGCGAAGCAUCGUCUCUUGUGUACAAGCUGGACAAACAAUCGCUGGACUUUGGCCAAGUACUAUACAACAAGACGGAAGAUCGCGACUUUUACAUUCUGAACGUUGGUAAAGUGCCUUUCUCUUUCAACAUUGUGGUCGAUAGCGUUGCUUGUGGAAGAGCUUUGGAGAUCUCGCCUAUCAGUGGGAGGAUUGCCCCCAACGAGAAGCAAAAAAUUCUGGCUCGCUUACGCCCUGGCAUCCCUGAGUAUUUCGAAGAGACUAUGGUGCUUGAGAUCGCGCAUUUCGAGCCAAUUCCGUUCAAAUUGUUUGGUAGUGGAACGUUUGCCGCAGUGUCACUGAAUUUACCACGCGAACCCCAUUCAUCUAGCGCUGUUCGUGGCGAAGAACCGAAGUGGAAGGAGUUAAAGAAGCGCGCGAAACAGAGUAUUGAGCUUGGGAUGCAAAGCUCGGCAUCGACUGUGUCAACCGCAGGUCGAGAAAUUGAGAAGCUCAGCUCUGCAGUAUUAUUGCCAGCAUCACCCCAGGCAAAGGGAGCAAGUCAACGCAUUGGAGCUCUUGGCUCUCCGGGUCGCGGUGUGGCGACAUCAGCCGUGGACGAGUUGGACAUCGAAAUUGAAGCUUGCCGCUUAUUUUUUGCUGACUAUCUCCUCGUACAAGAAGCAAUAAAAGCCGAGGCAAGGGCAUUGAAGACAAUCGAAGCACAUAACGACCACCCAACUGAAAAAGACCCAGGGAGCACCAAGGCUGCUACUAAACCAUUUCGACCACCUUCGUCUACGUCAGGUGCCAAGAAGAGACGCGGAACAGAAGUGUUUCCAUUUGUAAUGUCCCAAUUCGUGUUAGACUUUGGGAAUGUUGUCGUGGGAACGCAUAAGAUCAAACGGUUUAGUGUUACUAACAUCGGUCACGGCCCUGCUUCGUUCCAACUUGACAAGAAUUUGGCAAGCUCCAGAGGUUUCCAGAUUGAGCCCGAGAGAGUAGUGCGAUUGCCCGAAAAAGAGUCCGUUGAGUUUAGUGUCACUUUUCACGCUCGCAAAAACGUUGGGAUGGGCCUCCACAUGACUCAGUUGCCCAUUGUGAUCAAGAACGGACCUCCUUGUAUUGCGAUGGUUCGAGCUCUUGUGACGGUGCCAGAUAUCUCGAUCUCGACUGAAAGUCUUGACUUUGGCAAGAUCGCGGUGAGUACGUGCCACACCAUGUUUACUCAGUUGCAGAAUAUCUCGGCCGUGCCUGCAGAGUGGGCGUUCAAGAAGCCGAUGGGAUCUACGAAGGAUGUGGGGAAUUUCCGCUUUAGUCCGCAGUCUGGACUACUAACACCGGGGGCCAAAGCAAAUAUUCAGAUCGAGUUUAUUCCGGAUAGUGGACGCCAGUUCAUGCUCAAGCUCCCGAUCAAGAUCAGCUCGAAUCCAAAGACACGAUCCAUUGCUUGUCGUGGAGAAGGGUCAGAAUUACGUAUCUCUUUCUCUCCGCCUCUUAUUGAGUUGGGUCCUGUGCUCCCUUGUGCUCCACCGGAAGAACAACUAGUAGAGAUACGCAAUGACUCGGACUACCCAAUUGAGGUGUUUUCUCUGGACUUUGACUCGAUGUAUCAACAGGAUGAAGAACAAUUCCGGUCUCUGAAUGCUUUCAACGCGGAGGAUAUGCUCCAAUUGUCGGUUCGUGUUCCAGGGCAACCUAUUGAUGAAUACUUGGCGGAAAAUGGGUUGGCCCCGAUGAGUUCGUCAGACGUUGUGUCGACAGGUGGUACUGGCCAACCUAGUGAGCUACACAAUCCCACUGAUUCUUCUUCACACUUGGCAGAGAACGAGGGCAUUGGGUCCAAAGAACAAAGGGAUAUGACCUUGAAGAGUAUUGCAGAUUUUAAUCCUGCACCAAGAAAAGGUAUUGACUACAUAAUGGUAGGCCCACCACGAUGCGGGAAGUCAACACAGGCGCGUCUUCUUGCAGAGAAGGAAUCGUUGGCUAUCUGGACGAUUGAUGGCGCAAUUAACUCGAUAUGCGCCGCAAAGGGGCCGCUAGCGACAGCCGCACGUAAAGCGCUUGUAGAAUCCAUCGCUGACAGACUCGCUCAUUUAUUAAACCAGAUUGUUUUGUGGAGACUGGCACAACCAGAUCUCAAAAGCGGCAGCGUUUUGGACGGUUUUGAAAAUUCAUUUCUAAGCGUUGAAGAAACGCUUAAAUGCUGCUCGAGGGCGUUUGUAACUGCGCGGAUCAUCGUACUGGGAUUCGAUGAAGACAGCUACGAGUCGAUGAGUACGGUGCUUGAAAGUCAAACCAGUAGACCCGGAAGUGGCGGUUUUGUUUCGCCAUCUCCUUCGCGUGAUCGCUUAAAUCCGGUCGGCUCAGGAAACGUAGGGAAUAAUGAUACAGCUGGAGUUGAUGGAGAGGCAACCGAUCGUAGCGUGGAAGGAGAAGAAGUCCAACAGUCUGCUCCUGAUACAAAUGUUGCUCUAGAGGCAGAAACAAAGGCCCUGUCAGCUUCUCCAUCGCGACAAUCAAUAAAUUUGGAAGCAAACGUACGCGAAGAUGUGUCGGCUGGGACAGAUGCUAGCGAGGAGAACACUGUAAGUGACAAGGCCAACGAUCUGACACAUUCACUGUCUGCACAAGAACUCAAGCCUGCAACCUUUGUGGAGUAUUCACAAAUGCUAAAAGCCAUGAAGCGUCAAUUGGCUUUGAUUAUAGUUCGAGAGGAACUGGAAAUGGAAAGCUCUACCCCACUGAGCUCUGAGGCGUGUGAUAAUGAUGAUGCCAUAUGGUCACAAGUGAAGGAUCGAGCUACACCCGACCGUUUCCUUCUGGACAUUCCAAUCGUAGAUGCUGGCCCACCGCUUCUUAUCCACAGUGCAAUCUUCUCAGCUGUUGAAAAGUUUGUCCGCGAGUUGGAAACCAGCCACAAACCAAUCCCCUCUCCUGCCAAGUUUCAACUUGUUCGGAGGCCUCUAGAGAGGUUUCCUCGAAAAAGAGUCGCUCGUUUUUCAUUGCGGUCGCCAGCAAUGCAAUCUUCAGGUGCACAUGAAGCCAGCAGCAGUGAGAAGAGCCUCCAUACCAGUGGAUCGCGCUCUCAAAUACCAAGCAAACACUCUUCGCGUCCUCAAACUGCUGGUAAAACGCCGAGUCACGUACAGGUCAUAGAGGUUGGAGAACACUCGGAGAGACCAACUGAUAGCAUGGAUACCCACCAAUCCUCUGAAGCCUUGAGCACUGGACUGCAACGUCCUAAGACGCGAGUUUGCCCUCCCGCUUGCCGCUGGGUAAUUGCUCCUCACUCGAGAGUUAAUGUGCUGGUUCAGUUCACUUCACCUGAUAUUGGCAACUUCGACUGCACUUUGGGCUUUGAAAUUGUAGGUGUCCAGCGUGAAUUUACUUUGUUUGGUCGUGGAGUCUGUGGUGUGCCGACCAUAAACAAUGACCCGAGGAAUGUGUUCAUGCACCGCGUCAAAAGCCGCCCAGAAGGUGCAUUUGUUCAGAAGAAAUUUGUGAUCUCAAGGAACCAGUUCGAGUUCGGUCCGCUUAUUAUCACUAACCAGCAAGCGAAAGCACCGCAGACCGAGCGAGAGUUCAUCGAGUGGCAGAAAACGAGUCCAAACAAUGUCGAAGUGUUCCGGAUGUCCAAUAGCAGCAAGUUUCCGAUUCAACUGGAGUUUGGGAUGGAAAAGCAAGGAGAUGAUACAUUUGUUGUGUUCCCUGCUGCAGUUGAGAUCAAUGAGGGCGACACGAGAGAAGUCAAAGUGUGGGCAAACCCGUUGGAGGUUGGGCUUCAUGAGAACGCCUUAAUUUGCUGUAUUGGCGACAACCCGGAGCCUGUGAAAUUCCAGAUCAGUUGCUACGGAUGUAAACCAGAGUUGAAGCUGCGAGGACCAUGGGAACAACCAGCUGCGGCGAGUACAUCAGAGCGGGAGGACCAUCGACAGGCUGACGACGCAACAACCAGUAAGACUCCCAGGUCUUCUAGGUCCGAUAACCCUGGCAGUGCCCCUGCCACUUCUAGACCUAGUGCAUCUCUAGUGGAACAACCUUCUGUUCCAUCCCACUUACACAAACAACCAGUUUUGGAUUUCGAGCAGCUCUUGCUGAAGCGACAAGAGGAAAAGGUAUUUUACAUCGAGAAUGUGGCGCCUGUUGCGGUCUUGUGGCGUUUACUAUGCGAUAACUUACCAGAAGAUUUUCGGAUUUUCCCAGUCGAAGGAACUGUGAAACCUCUGGAGAAAAUCCCAGUAGUGGUUGUGUUCUCGGCAAUGACAGAAGCUGUUCACGAGCUUCUGCUGCGAAUUGAAUUCUCGGAUGCUGAGAGCGCUCUUCAAAUGAAUGACCGGAAUCGGACGGUUGAGUUAACAUUGCGAGGAGAAGCUUACAAGAUCGAUGUGAGUUCUUUUGACAAUGAAACUAGAGAAGAUCCUGGCCAAGCAACAUCUAGAGCUGCAGGAAACACGGUGAGCGGUGACGGGAUUCUGGACUUUGGUCUGGUUCGAGUUGGAGAGAAGCACUUUAGAGUAUUCAACAUUCGCAAUAGAGGCAAAUACAGCAUCAAGUAUAUCAUCGGCAUUAGAAAUGCAGUCACUCGUGAGUACUUCACGAUCGAGCCAAGCGAAAUGGUGCUGGAGCCUGGGCAGUCUUCAUCAGUGAAUGUCACGUUUGCAUCCAAGAGCGAAGUCACGCUCCGUGACUGUAAGGAUAUCAAGUGCACUAUUAUUGAAAUGCUGUCAGGGGAGGCGUGUCGUGAGUUCUACGUCCACGCUAGUGCCCGAUCGGUCCUCAGUAAGUUUCGACUCCGGCCAAACCAUGGAAUUAACUUUGGUCCUCACAAGUACAGUGAACAAGCACAAACCAAGAGGAUUGAAAUACGAAACGAUGGCGAAUUCCAGUUUAAAUUCCGCGUCCAAGCUUCUAGACCGGUGACUGAAAGAGAGGAAACGGAGCCUUUGACGUUAGAUACACCACUGUCUCCAGCCACAUUCUCCAUAGGCCACUUUGCGCUUUCCCCAGAUUGCGGCACUAUCGACCCUGGAGCUACGAUGCGAUUGGAUGUCGCAUUCCAGCCGAAGGAGUGCGCUGUGUACAGCGAGACACUUCAGAUUGAGAUUUCUGGUCGCAAUACGGAGGAUGCGACUGAGACGGACAUGCUGCUGUACGAACUAAUCGGUGAAAGUUGCUACCCAGGCAUUAACACGACGGAUUACGAGAGUAUCUUCGAGGAACAAACGGUAAUUUGCUCAUUAGGAGUCGAGUCGGUUACGCCAAUGUCAUCACUUCGCAGUUCGUCUUAUCAUGGGAAUGCCCAAGCGGUCACAUUCGCAGAAAAGGAAAAGAUUUUCUCGUUUGGUCCGUUGAUUGCAGCGGCAAAUUGGAAAGGAACGGUGGAGCGCUUCAAGAUCUCGAAUCCGAUGAAAGUGAGCAGCACGGUGCAGUUUUCUAUAACAAACGGUAGCACUGGAAGUACCGAGUCCGAAAAUGGCUCUCCAGCGUUCAUUGUACAGCCAGCUGUAUGGGAGAUUCCUCCCCUUGAGCAUCGUUUCGUAAGCGUUUACUUCCGCCCAGCGACCAUUGCCUUGUUCCGGGCCACUUUUAAUGCGGUGGUUGAUGAUAGUCCUCCUCAAAGCAAUGUGGCGGAUAAACUUCUCGAGUUCGAGAUGCGAGGGGAAGGAACAAUGCCCUGUGUUUUAAUUACGGAGCCGACAGCUCGAGACUCAAGUGGUACCAUGAUGUUAGAUUUUGGUCGAGUUCGGACUUCAAAAACCAAGGAUAUGCGUUUAGCACUACGCAACGAUGGGAUUCUACCAGCAACCGUAUUAUUUUCUAGUCAAUCGAACCCUAAUUUCCUGUUCGCAAUGGGCAAUGGAUCGGUAAUGGUGGCCCCAAAAGCUACUGAGACGCUGACCUUGCAGUUCCGACCCCAGAAGGUUCAUGACGAGCCAGUCACAUCACAACUCAAAAUUGCAGUGCAGAAUAAUCCUUUUGAAGAGACGGCGGUCACGCUCUUUGGAUGCGGAUAUCAAGAAGAUUUGGUAUUUGAAGACUUGCCUUGUGGGUACGAUGAUGAACUUCACUUUGAUGAUAUUCGGUUACCAGACGUGAGUGAGACGAAGAACGAUGGGUUUCUAAUUUUUAAGAGCACGAAGGUGUUCUCGCUACGCAAUCAAUCAUCUGAUAUCAUGCGUUUCGAGUGGCCAAAAGCUGAUCCAUUCCACUUCUCCCCGUGUGUCGGUCAUCUCAUGCCAAAUGCUUACAAGCUGAUUAGAUCCACAUUUGAACCGGCACAGGAUGGAGAUAAAACGGCCAUAUAUCAGGCUCAUCGCAUCGCUUUGCAGUCUCAGCGAAUCUCGUAUAAAAGCAGCUCAGUCAAUCGGAGUGACAUAAAUGUCUGGGAUGACUCUUUUCAGACGGUUUCAUUUGGCGGACAAGCAGGAGCUGGAGGUGUUGCAAAGCAAACACUUGUGGAGCCUGAAUUUGAAGCAAUUGGGCCUCCCUCGACCAUCGUAUUAAGUUGUUUUGCUGCAGCUGAUACCCUAUCUUUCGAGUGUGAUAAAACGUCUAUCACAUUUCGCAGAACCUUCAUGCUACAAGUGUGUACGCACAAAAUCACGCUGCAAAACAAGAGCAAAAUCCGUUUGGCAUACUCGUGCAGAUGGGAGGAAGGACUUCAUGGUCAGUCUGACUUGGGGGGUAUUGAUGGUGAUGUGGACGAUAAUUGCCCUUUUGACGUGACACCUGCUACUGGGACAAUCAACGGGGAAGAAACUCAAACGUUUACUAUUAAGUUUGCCCCAAUGGAAGUGGAUGGUUAUUUGUACUGCUUGUGCUUCGACAUUCCAGACACUCAAAAGGAUAAAGUUACGGUGCUUCGAGUGGAAGUUCGUGGUGAGUCUCUCCGACCUGCUUGCCAUUUCGAUGUAGAAAGGAGUGACUAUGCGCAAUGGAGAGCUCCGAACCUCCCAGGCCCUCAUGGUGAGCUGGGGCCGUUAGAUCCUUCGAUCAGAAUCAUCGAAAUGGCGUCUCUUGGCGUUCGAGUCCGCAACACACGGCGGUUUUACGUGGUUAACCCAACGAACGUGUCGUAUGAGUUUUCGUGGAUCCCGCAAGGGAACAACAACCCGUGCUUUCGGUGCGCGACACCGAAGGGUCUGAUGCUUGCUGGUAAACGAUGUGAGAUGAUUUUUGAAUUCACUCCACAGCAACUAGAACUCCAGGAAAUGUUCUGGUACUUCAAAAUUCCGCAUUUCCAGGUUAGUCAGCUUUUCGUGUUUGUGGGUACGACGACGGAGCCUCGAGUCGCGUUGGAUCGUGCAAGUGUCAACUUUAACACACUGAUGAUCGGAACAAAGACAUCUCAAAGCAUUUCGUUGAUCAAUCAGGAGCUUAUUCCAUUCAAUUUUGUAUUGGACAAGACGUUGCUGGACUUUGCAGGAGAGUUACCUGCACUGAUUGUUCACCCUCUGAGUGGCGUGAUUCCACCCAAUAGUCGAACUUCGAUCGAGGUUGAGUUCAUGCCGAUUGAAGAAAAGUCGUACAAUUUUAAUCUGAACUGUAUCAUCAAGCGCAAACCCACGCGACUAUCUCUGAAUGUCAAAGGGGAGGGCUAUAGUAUUCACGGUGCACUCAUCUUGACAUCUGAAGAUCAAAGCGAAAGCCGGGCAUUAGUUUCAGGCCUCGGUAAUUUGUUGGACUUUGGAGCUGUGCGCGUCAACGAGGAAGCCCAGCGUUUCAUUGUGAUCCAUAAUAAUGGAAAGUUUAACUUCGAUUUCAACUGGACUGUGACAAAAGCAACUGAAGCUUUCAUCAUUGAACCAAUGCAGGGAACGAUCAAGAAGAAUGACAAGACCACAUGCGCACUGAGGUUUUCUCCGACAAAGCAAACAUCUCUCGACGGGAUGCAGGUGACCUGUACUAUUGCUGGCUCUCAAAACUACGUGCUAGCACUGCACGGGAAUGCUGUUCCUCCGAUGUUGCACUUGUCGUUCACCUCUCACGACUUUGGUCCCUGUUUCAUCGCAGAAAAUGAUGCAGUUCCAGUGGCGGAGAUGAAAACGCUCACCGUGUUUAAUAUGGACCCCGAGAGCGCAAUCGAUCUUGAUUGUUUGUUCGAAAAGAAACCUCAUCUUCGCGUGGAUUGUCCUCCAACCAUGGUGGGCCCACGCGAGACAGUCAGCAUUCCCAUAAUGUUUAUAGCACGACAUGAAGUUCCGUAUCUGGAGGUGAUUCCAUUUACGAUCAAUGGGUCAUCUACAGUUAAUGUUAGCAUCCGUGGAGAAGGCGUGUUCCCCAAAAUUGAGCUCGUCAAUUCGUCAAUGCAGAUGGUUUUUCUGGGGAACUUACAGAUCGGACAGCAAAUGUCUCGGACCGUCAAGGUCGCAAACCGCUCCAAGCGAAAAACUGUGAUAGAAUGUGUGGAUUUGGCUCAACCAGGAGUCCCAUUGCUCGAUGCGUUGGGUAUCUCAGUGUUCCCUCAACAAGAGAUCUCACUCCGAGCAAAAGAAACGGCCGACAUUGAGUUCCUCUUUGCCCCGACACGGCGAAUUCCGAGCUUUCAGAAAGAUGUUUUCAUACGAAUGGGAGGGAGCACGAAGAAACUACUCACGCUGUCCGGAUGCUGCCAAGGUAUUGAUGUGAUACUGGAGACUGACACUCUUUCGUACGGACCAGUUUGUCUAGGCAGUCAACUUGUGAGAAAAGUACGUUUGCAAAACCGAGGGGAUGUCGCCGCUAAAUUCCAGUGGAACGUACGCGAGUUUGCCCCCGAAUUUUCAGUGUCUCCAUCCCAAGGGAAUGUAGCCCCCAACCAGCACAAGAUCAUUGAGGUGACCUUCAAACCAGCCGCUGUGGACCCUGACAUUCGUUAUGAGAGAGUCACGUGCAUGGUCGAGGGAACUACUCCCGCCACGCUGACAUUGGUGGGCUCAUGUGUUCCUCAAGCAACGUCAUCGAUUCAAGACGUUCACUUCAGUUCUCCAGUUCGACAGGAGAGCCGCAAGGUCAUAGUACUCGAGAACACGACUUCGUCUCCCUGGAACUUGUUCCCAGUGGUUCAAGGUGAUCACUGGUCGUGCCUAGAGAAUAUUCUAGUCUCUGCACACGGGACAGCCAACCUUGACGUGCUAUACUCUCCUUUGGCUAUGACAAAACAAAACUCCCAUGAAGAAAUCGAUGAACAACGCCCAACAGUCCACACUGGCUCGAUUUUUCUCGCUAUACCCGAUGGAAGUGCGCUCUUGUACAAUCUAUUCGGCAAAGCGUCAGCACCGUUGCCCAUAGCACCAACCUUCCUGUCCACUGCAGCAAAGAAGAAUGUGUCAAUUUCGAUUCCGAUCAAGAACUGGCUGAAGACACCGCAAACAUUUGCUGUCGAGACUCAAAAACCACCAGGAAAUGAGUCUGUCGUUAUUCAAGGGCCAUCGUCAAUCCUACUACACGCUGGAGUGACGCGCAACUACAACAUGAAGUUCUUCUGCUACAUUGAAGGAACCGUUAACUUGAGUGUACGCAUGGUGAAUCAAAAGAGUGGUGAAUACGUCGUACAAGACGUGAACGUCACCGUUUCUAAGGCUGUUGAUGUGGACACGCUUUUCUUCGAGACACCAGUGAGGCAAUCGGUCAAGAAGAUGGUGGCCAUUGAGAAUCCUUUUGACAUCCAACGCCCGAUCAAUUUUGUGGAUAAAGCUCACUGGUGGAAAUGUUCCAGUCCUUUUAUUCGUGUACGACAACUCAGUGAGAUCAGUGGACGCGCCGAAGGCCACUACGAGGUUGAAUACCGGCCAACGCUUCACUCGGAGACACCGACUGAGGACCGUUUAACCAUCAGCUUUGUGGAACUCGGUGAGUAUACGUACAAUCUGGUAUUGCGUACUCUGCCAGUCGGUCCCGAACGCAUUUUGUACUUCAAGGCUCCUCUGGGUGGAUCUCAAACUCAGGCAUUUCCCUUCACCAGCUAUGCCGUUGCUACAGCAGAGCUUUCAUGCUCCGUCCAGGACCCAACUUCGUUUUCUGUGCCAGUAACGUGGAAAGUGGAAGGGCCCUUCUCCUGGGAAGGGAAAGCUGAAUCCAUCCUUGUCAAGUUUGAGCCUGAAGCUAUUGGUGAGUUCCGUGAUACUCUUACGCUCUUUUCCAAUACUAUUGGCGAGUACAAGUGCACGUUGCAAGGGCUAUCAGUGCCCCCACUGCCUCAAGGCCCGUACGUGUUCUUGACAACACAAGACAUUGAGUUUAAGAACGUUUUCUCGACGCCGAAAGAAUUCGAGAUUAUGGUCGACAACCCACGCUUUGUACUGUCAACGACAUCCUUAUCGAUCCCAGCUAAAGCGUCUAAAAUCAUCACAGUCAAGGUCGACGCUACUCUGUCAUCAGGAACAAGUGAAAAGACGACUGCAAGCGAGACUGGCAAACUCCUUGUGUCUUGCCCGCAGUUCAAGGAAUUCUCGCCAUGGGUGUACUAUCUGGAGGCAAGAACGCUAUGA